AGUGGGUGGGACAGAGAAGCAGGGGAAAGAGUACAACACUGCAUCAGAUGGCGCUCAGUUUUAGUGCCUUUAUUUGGCAAAAAUUGCGAAACUUUAUGAUGUGGUGACGACAGCAUGAAAAGUGAUGUAUGUGGAAAGUAUCAUAUGGCUUAAGAAUUGUGAUUCAGUCAGCCACAACACCGGAUGAGUGAUUCUGCUGAUUUAUGGAUUUUAUGCAAAAAAAGAAGAAGCAGCUAAAAUAUGAUCUAGCAAAAAGUGACUGUCUGCACUUGGACAAUGACACGAACGCUCCUAUUGUGGAUCCUCAUCCUAAAUGCCUCGCUCAAGCACUCAGAAAGCCAUGGUCAUGACUUUGAAGAUGUAAAGGACUAUGAGGUGGUUCGACCUGUCAGACUUCACACAGUCAGAAAAAGACAUACAGAGCAUCUCAGGCCAGAGACUAUUAAGUAUGCAAUGACAGUGGGAGGAAGAGACAUUGAAAUGCAACUAGAAAAAAAUAAUGAAUUACUCACAAAAGACUACACUGAAACUUACUACCAAGAAGAUGGGACUCAAGUCACCACAACUCCGAAUGACAUCGAUCACUGCUACUAUCAUGGGAGCAUUGUGAAUGACAGCCAAUCAUCUGUUAGCAUCAGCACUUGUGAUGGACUCAGGGGUUACUUCAGAACGUCUGCCCAGAGGUACUUGAUUGAGCCGCUGUCUGAUGGAGGGGAUGAGGGGGAUCAUGCGGUGAUGUCUUUUGAUAACAAAACCUUCACACCUGCAGUGUGCGGUGUCACCAACACCAGCUGGGACGCCGACUUCGAACCUCCAACAGGUCGGAGCCGCUCCAGAUCAGGGGGUAUCUCUAUUGUCCAGCAACAGAAAUAUGUUGAGCUCUUUCUUGUUGCUGAUAAUCGUGCGUAUGUGAAGAUGAAGCAAGAUCAGACAGUGCUGAGAAAAAGGAUAUUUGAAAUGGUCAACUUUGUCAACAUGGCAUACAAGCCCCUGAGGACCUUCAUUGCUCUGGUGGGGCUGGAAAUCUGGUCCAAUGGUGACCAGAUUUCUGUGACCCCGCCAGCCGGGGCUAACCUGGAUGCUUUCAUGAAGUGGAGGAACUCUGAGCUGGUGCAAAGGAAAAAGCAUGACAAUGCACAUCUUAUCAGUGGUAUUGACUUUGAAGGUGCAACUGUGGGACUGGCUUUCAUUGGGACUCUUUGCUCAGCUCACUCUGUUGGAGUAGUACAGGACCACAAUGACCGAGCCAUUGCUAUCGGAGCGACACUGGCUCAUGAGAUGGGCCAUAACCUGGGAAUGGACCAUGAUGACUCCAGCGCCUGUGCUUGUUCUGGUGAUAGCUGCAUCAUGGCUGCAGCACUCAGCUGGAAUAUUCCUCGGACCUUCAGUAGCUGCAGCAGCAGCAACUACGAGAAAUACCUGACAAGCCGCAGCCCCAGCUGCCUGCUGGACAAACCGGACUACAGAACCCUGGAGGCUCCUUCAGUCUGCGGGAAUGGUUUUGUGGAGAAAGGCGAACAGUGUGACUGUGGCAGUGUGGAGGAGUGCAUCAACCCAUGCUGCAAUGCCACCACCUGCAACCUGAAGGAGGGAUCCCAGUGUGCUGAAGGCGAGUGCUGUAUGGACUGUAAGAUCUCACCUCGGUCCAGGGAGUGCCGCAGGCAGCAGGAUGACUGUGAUAUGGCAGAGUACUGUGAUGGGCAGAGCCCCACCUGUCCUGAAGAUGUCUUUGCUGUGAAUGGCCUUCCAUGCGAUGGGGGCCUGGGAUACUGCUACAACGGCCAGUGUCCACAGAGGCCAAACCAGUGUCUCAAACUGUAUGGAUCAAGUGCUACAGAGGCCCCUCCAUUCUGCUACAACCAUAACACCAGAGGAACCUACUAUGCCUUCUGCAGACGUCCCUCCAAUGACCAGUUCAUCCCCUGCCAGAAUCAAGACGUACUUUGUGGGAAGCUGUUCUGCCAAAGCAGUAAUGACAACCCAAACUAUGGCCGCAUGGUCAAGGUCGGUGAAUGCAAGGCAGCUUUCUUUUCAGACUACACCCAGGACUACGGCCAGGUGGACACUGGGACUAAAUGUGGGGCUGGAAAGGUGUGCAGCCAGAAUCAGUGUGUGGAACUUGACACAGCAUACAGAAAUACAAACUGUUCAGCAAAAUGCGGAGACCAUGCUGUGUGCAAUCACAGAAGUGAGUGUCAGUGUAAGCCUGGUUGGAUGCCUCCUCACUGCAAUGUGAACGAUGAAGCUUUCAGUUCUCUUUCUACUGGAGCCGCUGUUGCUAUUGCAGUGGCAGUUAUACUAGUGGUCUUAGGUGCCAUUGCUGGUGUGAUUGGAUUCAUUUGGAAAAAACGACAUGGUCCCACGUUGCCAACGGUACACACCCAGAGGAAGCAGCCAGCAGUGGCUAGCUCCAUUCCCCACCUUAACAAAGGGCCAGUUCCCAGUCAACCUAAGCCAGUGCAGGCUGGAAGGCCAAAACCCAAAAUCGCUCCACCUCCGCCACCUCCGGCUGGGAACAGACCGAAACCUCCAGGCCAGAACUACACAGCUGCACGCCAGGCUCUGAGGCCAGUACCUCCACCAAAGGUCUGACUCACCUGAGUCCAAUGUCGCCAACGAGAGGCUGCUGGAAAUCUGGACAAGUUUUCUAUUAAAGACAGCAGUUUUGUUCACUGCAGUGGUGUCUGAAGCACAAUGGAGUGUUAGUACCACUGACGUGCAAAGUGCAGGAGGACAACAAGAGACUUUAAAUUGUUACUUGCAUGCCAUGCACUGAGGACUUUUUGUUACUGGAUGAACUUUGGGUUUUUUUAAGGCACUUUUUUAUACUAUAGGGUUGGGUGCGAGCAACUAGAAAGAGCUCUGGCCCUGAACGUAAGCCAUAUCAUUUUAUACAUGUUGUUAUUUUGUCACUUGGUAAAGAAUAUAUGAAAGUAUUCAGAGACUGCAGUAAUUAGUUAAUAUUUUAUGUUGCAUUAAGCCUAAAGAUGCUUUGAUUAACCUGGUCUUACAUUUCAGGCACUCUGGUGCAUUAUAGUGCAAACUAAUGGAAUAUGAAAGAUUCCAGAUGAAAACAAACUGUGGUAAUUAGGACUGCGUGAACCUUGCCACUCUAAAGUUCUAUAAUAUGUUGCAUGUCAGCAUUGUUUGUUCAAUCUCAAGAAAAUACUGUCAAAUGAGAAAAUGCAAGAAAGGAAUAGAUGGUGGUGGUGAUUUUUAGUUAAGAGAUACAGUAGGUCUGUCAGAUUGUAGACAAUGCCCGAAUCCAGUGUUUGGACAAAUAUACACAGUGUUAAACAAGAUCGUGGUUUCUGUCGCCCCAUGAGGAGAAGUCACCAGACAACACAAUCUUCUGAACAUGAGCCAUAGUAACAAAUACAGAGAGUUGUGGGGGGCUGAUAGUCUUAAUUAGCUUUGUAGCAUUUGGCAACGGCUGGAAUUUAACAGACGUUCAUUAAUAUCAAAACAUUACGCAGUAGAGCUUUAAAUAAAAUGUCAUAAUCACUUUUUCAUGCCAAUGUUAGGGCAUUUACAAUCAGCACACUGUCUGAGAUGUAACCAAAACGUUUGACAUUGUAGGUUUUACUUCAUUAUUAUUACUAAUCUGGUUUUAUGUAAAACAAUUUUUGCAAUGCACACGUCAUAGUGCUUAUUGUCUCGAGUGAGGUCAGUACGUGAACAGGUACAUAAUGUAUAAAACAUCACGUGAGAUCAUUGGCGCUUUCCGACUGGAGGGAUUUUUGCAGUUCCUAGAACAUAACCUUCUUAGAACCCUUUUAUUCUUCAAUUUGAGGAUUAUUAAAUUCCUCUGGUCAAAGUUCCUGAAAGGGCGCUUUCACACCUGUAGUUCGUUUGCUUUGGGCCGAAUCAGUUGGUGAGUUAUUUGGACGGUUUGGUUUGGUUUCACACCUGGAAAAAUCCAAGCGUACCAAAUUGAGUUACUACAGAUCAGGCAAGAACGUCCAGCCCUAUUAUUGGUCAGAGGUGUCUGGUGGCGGGAGCAAGAAAGUAAAUACAGGAAGAAGGUCCUGUGUUCUGGUCUAGUGGUCAAAUCAGCUCAUUUCCUUAAAAUGAUCAGACAUGACAUGGUCACCCAGACUUGGCUCUGCUCUGCCGGCGUCUGUCUCUCACUUUAGCGGCAGCUGGUUUGACCACGGGGAUACGAGUGACGGACGGAGAGCUUCACCGCAGUCUGUUUCUGUGAUAGAAACACUGCAAGCUGCUACAGUUUGCUGCUCUGCUGCAAAGCAGACUGCUAAACACCCCGGAGUACAGGAGACAUCAGCUCAGACUGGAGGAGUGUGUAUAGUUGCUACUGUUUAGAAGAGGACUGUUACUAUAACUACGUUCCUGUAACUAAUUGGUCAGAAAGAGACUAUAUCCAAGUUUCAAAUCAUGACUGAAGGUGAAGGUGGUGUUUUUUUAUGUGGCAUGGCUUUAAAGGGCAGCUUAAAUGUAGCAGCAUUACUAAUCCAAUCCUUGAACAGUGAGGAUACAAAGCAGCAAAAGUUCAGAGACCAUUUCAGUACAAUUUAGCCAAUUUCUAAAAAAGACUAUGUUUCUGUGUUGUGUUAAAGAGGGCUGUAACCCAGGCGGUAGUACUCUUGAUGUUAGAAGGCCUCUGACUGAAGAUUACUCCUGUCCUCUGUGACAGCUCGCCCUUGAGCUAGGCAUUAACCCCAGACUACGCAGCUCCAAGCAAGAAUGUCUAUAUGAUGUGUCACUUAAAAUGUUUUGGAAACAGAAAUGCUUAAUGUAAAUUAAUCAUGGGAAAAUAACUAUUAAAUAAUUAUUUUGUACAAAUGAAUUGUGUG